GGCGCGGCGGAGCGGAGCCGCCUCGCCUCCCGGAGCCGCCGCCGCCGCCGCCGCGAAGAUGGCCUCGCGCCUGUUCGAGGGCAGGGCGCACGCCGCCUUCUACCAGAAGUACCGCUUCUCGCCCCCGGAGAACCUGCGCGGCGCCGUCUUCGCCUACCUGGGCGGCAAGCUGAAGUCUUUUGACCUGGCCGUGGAUGUUGGCUGUGGUUCCGGUCAAAGCAGCUGCUUGCUGGCACAGCGCUUUGAGGUGGUGGUUGGAACAGACAUAAGCGCCGCGCAAAUUGAGGAAGCCAAGCGAGCCGCACACCCUGCAAAUGUCUCUUACGUGGUGUGUCCUGCGGAAGAGCUCCCCGUGGAGGAUCACUCCGUGGAUCUGAUCACGGCCUUUACUGCGGCCCACUGGUUUGACAUUCCGCGCUUCAUGAAGGAGGUGGAGCGAGUUCUCAAACCGGCGGGCUGUGUGGCUCUCAGCACCAACACCCUUGACAUGCGGCUCCACUACAAGGACUGUACGGAAGAGCUAACGGAGGUCCUAAAGGAGGUUCAAGAAAAGCUUUUCCCCUAUGCAAAUGAGAAGGUCCAGUUUGUUGUGAGUGACUACAAAGAAAUAUUUGAUUCCCUGCCCUUCAGGGAUAAGGAGAGGAUCCUGGAUAUAGUUGAUAAAAUCCCCUUCAGCGUUGCUGAUCUGAUGGGGUACAUCCAGUCAUUCUCCAUGUACCAAACCUUUCUAGAACUCCAGCCUGAGGCAGCGAAAUCUCUCCUCCAAAACACGGAACGAAGGAUCCUGGAAGUGAUGGGUGUUUCCUCCCUUGAAACUCAGCUGGAGCUUUGGAUUCGCCAAGUUUGCGUUCUGGGUUGUAGGAGCUCUUAAAAAGCACGUGGGCCUUGACUGGGAAUGUGCUGACCCUCGGAAACAGUGCCCUGUUUUAACGCAGUGCUGCAGUCGACAGAUGGAAACGGCCCGUGAAUUUCAAGAAGACUCGGAAGUGGUCACCAGAUCCCAUCAGAGGGCCAGAAGCAGGGAUGACGAUAAAGCGAAUUCCCUGGUUUGAAAUAAAAAGGACAGAGCCAGGUGGAGAAUAGAGAAAAGAGCAUUGGAUUUAAUGCCUGCCGUUAGGUAGUGAUGCGUUCCUGUAGCCCCACUGGAGUGACUCCUUUUCCCUUGAAAUUCACAGAAAAUAAGUCCAAAGGCUCGUCUGGUUUGGCUUUAUUAGUCCCGGGAGGCAGGUACCUCCGGGACACCCACAAGCCAAGCGAGCUUCUGCCUGGGGUCCCUCGGUUAGGCUCCUUUCCAAGACAUGCUCAAGGCGCUGGUAGCAAAGCGGAAGGCUUCCAGGCCCAUGCACCGUGGCAGGAGGAAAUCCAGGGGAACAGAGCAGCACUUACCUCUGGAUAAGAGGCUGAAGAUGGGCACUGCGUGAUUACGUUGAUCCUCAGCACUGUGAGAAUUGUUAUCUACACAGCAAUGAAUCUUUGAAAUAAAAUUAAAAUUUAGCCAAUGAAA